GAGAAGAAGAAGCCCUCACAGCUGACACCUCAGCGGGGCUUCAGUGAAAAUGAUGACGAUGAUGAUGAUGACUCAUCUGAGACUGAUUCUGAUGACGACGAUGAUGAUGAGGAGCAUGGAGCACCUCUGGAAGGGGCCUAUGAUCCUUCAGACUACGAGCAUCUGCCAGUCUCAGCUGAGAUCAAGGAGCUCUUUGAGUACAUCAGCCGGUACACACCUCAGCUGAUCGAUUUGGACCACAAAUUGAAACCUUUCAUUCCUGAUUUUAUCCCAGCGGUUGGGGAUAUCGAUGCAUUUUUAAAGGUUCCGCGUCCUGAUGGAAAGCCUGACCACCUUGGCCUCUUGGUGUUAGAUGAACCAUCUACAAAGCAGUCAGAUCCUACUGUGCUCUCGUUAUGGUUAACAGAGAAUUCCAAGCAACACAACAUCAUGGUGAGCAGUCAGUCUAGAAUAGGGCCCGUGUCAGAUUCUGACCUUCCCUUUGUAUUCAGUUGA